GAGCUUGCUAGCUAGUCGGUCGCUUCAGUCGUGUUUAGUCGCUUGUGUGUAUAAGAAGUAGUGAGUUUUUUGUUGAAAUGUCUGAAGUUUUCAAAUUAGGUGAUUUAGUAUGGGCAAAAAUGAAGGGAUUCUCGCCGUGGCCUGGUCGGGUCUCAAUUCCAUCAAAGGAUUUGAAGAAACCAACAAAUCCGAAGAAAGGUCCUGUUCAAUGCAUAUUCUUUUUUGGAUCAAAUAAUUAUGCAUGGAUAGAGGAGGCUAAUAUUAAGCCUUAUCACGAAUUUAAAGAAACAUUGGUAAAAUCAAGUAAGACAAGUGGAUUUAAAGAUGCAGUUGGGGCAAUAGAAGAUUUUAUUGCUAAAGGAGAGAUUUUCGAAGAUGGUUUAGAUCCUGACUCGUUGUUUGAUCGGCUAAAAGAUGAAACACUUCCAGCAGAAAAGAAAACACCUAAGACUCCAAAACCCCGCAAGGAAACUCCAAAAGUAAAAAGAGUUGACAGCGCAGAAAUUCGUCGUCCAGCGAAGAGACAAAGACGAGAGUCAAGCACAAGCAACAGCAUUCGAGUAGGAAGUCUUAGUCCAGCUUUAAAUCAUUCUGCAACAUCGAGAAAAUCAGGAUCUACAUUAUUGAACAGGCCAUCAAAUAUCGCCAGACCUGUGACUCCGCCGUUAGACGUGGAGACUCUAUCUCAAACGCUGAAGGAGAAGAACAUCAUGCCUUCAACACUGAAAUUUGGAUUUCUCGGACUCGGAAUCAUGGGCAGCGGCAUAGUUAAAAAUUUAAUCAACAGUGGACACAAAGUUAUCGUCUGGAACAGAACACAAGAAAAGUGCACAGACUUUGUAAAGGCAGGAGCUGAACAAGGAUUAACUCCUUCGGAUGUGGUUUCAGCGGCGGAUAUCACUUUCUCAUGUGUGGCAGAUCCUCAAGCAGCAAAAGAAAUGGUAUUCGGCAAUUGUGGUGUUUUGUCCGAGAUGGUGCCAGAGAAAGGUUACGUAGAAAUGACGGGAAUUGAUGCUGAGACAUCAAAAGAUAUUGCUGAAGCAAUAAAUACAAAAGGCGGACGAUAUCUUGAGGCACAGGUACAAGGUAGCAAAACUCAGGCACAAGAAGGAACACUUGUGAUUCUUGCAGCUGGCGAUAGAUCGCUUUUUGACGAAUGUCAAAGCUGUUUCGAAGCAAUGGGGAAAAACAGUUUUUAUCUUGGUGAAGUGGGCAAUGCAUCUAAAAUGAAUCUUGUUCUUCAACUCAUGGCCGGAGUAACUUUGGCAGGUUUAGCAGAAAGUAUGGCGCUCGCCGAUCGUGCUGGUCUUCAACAGAAGGAUGUUCUUGAACUUCUUGAACUCACAUCACUGGCAUGUCCAGCUAUUCUCGAAAAGGGAAAAGCAAUAAUCGAAGGCGGAUUUCCAACGCAAUUGCCGCUUCAGCAUAUGCAGAAAGAUUUGAGAUUAUCGUUGGGAAUGAGCGAUCAACUUGAGCAGCCAUUGCCAUUGGCGGCUGCAGCAAACGAGGUCUACAAACAUGCAAAACGUCUCGGUUAUGGUGAACAUGAUGCAUCAGCGGUGUACAUUAGAGCCAGGUUCUAAAAGUGAUCUUGAAUUUUUAUCUGGCUAAGUUUUUCUGAUGAACCAAUAUAUUUAUUGCAAUACCUAAAUUCGUCAACGUAUGAAAUAAAUUUUUAACACCUCGUUCUCACUGAUGUGGAAAUAAAAAAAAAAAUGAGGCGUAACUUGACGAAUAAUAAGAUCUAUAUAUGCGUGUGUGCGUGCGAAUUUGUAAAAAAAGAAAAUUUAAACCAAUUAACAAUAUAAAGGCUACGUUUGCAUACCCAGGUAUUUCGCUCGAUCUUGGGGAUUUUUCUACUUCCUCAAAUCGUGUAUACAAUGUGACAAUAAAAUCAGGCAAUGAAAAUAAUUUUUUUUUGACAUUUAUAACAAUAUGUUUUCAUUAUUUUUUAAUGAAAUAUAAAAAGACACAUUAUGUUCACAGUUUAUUUUUUUCGUAAUGCAAAAUAAUAAUUUAUGGGGCAUCAAGUUAUUGAUUGACACAUUGUUGUGCAAUUUAGAAAAUAUACGAUCGUCAUCUUCUAAGAAGAUGUAAGUAAAUGAAUUUUUGAGAUUUUGUAUGAGGCGAUACGAAUUUUAAAUAAUUUUCUCGACAUUUUUAAUUCAUUAAAUUCGUCAUCAAUUUCGUUAAUUGAGAUUUUAUGUGUGAUUUUUGUUUGAAUUCUGGAAACGAUGCAUGUAAAGUUAAUAUCGAAAUGACAAUUUUUUUUGAUCUUAUUUUUUUUUUAAUUUUGAAAACAAUUGUUUUCAAUUACAAUCGUUUCUAAUAUAUUAUAUAUGUACUUCUCUUUUUCUUUCUCUCUUUUUUUGUGUUAAGAGAUUUACGUAUUCUUGGAAUUAUUUUCCACUGUAUAAAAAUAAAAAUGUCUCAAUAGAGUUUCUCAGGAAUGUAAUUUACAUUUCCGUCUCUCAUGGGAGAAAAAAUCGAGAAAAUAUUGCUGGAAAUGCAAUACUGUGAGUAUGCCUAUUAUAUAUUUAAAAUAAGAUAAAAAAUGAAAUUAUAAAUAAAUGAUAGGAUAAUUGACACUUGAACGCACGCACGCAUGCUUAACUGUCUGUAACUAGAUUAUACGAUAUUGUGUCGCUGAAAAAAAAAUUACCCGAUUUAAUGACAAUGCUGUACAUUGAAAAAAAAAUAACAGUGACAAAAACAAAAGAAAAUGACAUGAUUAGUGCGACAAAAAAGUUACAAACUUCAGAUAAUCUUAUUAAAUCGUAUAAAUAUAGCUGUAAAACAUAAGAGAAUGGAAAGAAAAUGGGAGAAAGUGAAAGAGAGAAAGAUUAUACAUAAUAAAAAAAAGCGUGUAUGCGGGUGAGAGCGUUACGUCGGUUGCAUCUGCGAUACGCGUUAUAUGUUUUGUCACAAGAAACAUUGGUUUUUGAAUAAAUAUCUAUUUGAAUUAAAAA